GGGGAGCCCCUGCGAGGAGGAGGGAGGAGCGCGCCGCGCCAUGUGAGCAGCUGGCGGCGGGCAGCGGCCCUCGAGGAAGACAGAUGGGGUGAGAGACAGCGCGAGGUCCGGCUGUCAGCGCGGCCUCAGCCCCGCCGCGGAGGGAGCCCCUCCUCCCCGCGGCUGUGCGCUUCUCGCUCCCUGGCGGGGGGGAACCAUGGCGUCCAGCGAGGAGGACGGAGGCGGCAACGGCGCGGUGGAGGAGAAGGAGAAUGGCAAGAAGAGGAGGCUGGGCGCCCUGGCCACGGCCUGGCUCAUCUUCUACAACGUCGCCAUGACCGCGGGGUGGCUGGUAUUAGGUAUUGCCAUGGUGCGGUUUUAUAUACAGAAAGGAACACAUAGAGGCUUAUUCAGAAGCGUUCAAAAGACGCUUAAAUUUUUCCAGACAUUUGCUUUGCUUGAGGUAGUCCACUGUGCAGUUGGAAUAGUUCGCACAUCCGUGCUUGUGACUGGGGUCCAAGUGAGUUCAAGAAUCUUCAUGGUGUGGUUCAUUGCACAUAGCAUAAAACAGAUCCAGAAUGAGGAGAGCGUUAUUCUUUUUCUGGUCGUAUGGACUGUGACAGAGAUUACUCGAUAUUCCUUCUACACAUUCAACCUGCUCAACCAUUUGCCAUACUUCAUUAAAUGGGCCAGAUACAACUUUUUUAUCAUUUUGUACCCUGCUGGAGUUGCAGGUGAACUGCUAACCAUAUAUGCUGCUUUACCCUAUGUGAAGAAAACAGGAAUGUUUUCACUGAGACUUCCCAACAAAUAUAAUGUCUCCUUUGACUACUAUUACUUCCUUAUUAUUGUCAUGUUCUCCUAUGUGCCAUUAUUUCCACAACUCUACUUCCACAUGCUGCGGCAGAGAAGAAGGGUGCUUCAUGGAGAAGUGAUUGUGGAAAAGGACGAUUGAAUCAAGCCGUGUAACUAUGGUGCUUUAAUGGAAAAAAAGAGAGUAAAAAACCAAAACUUCCUGUGAUUUUUCUGAGUCCAAGUUUUAAAACAUGGAACAAGAAUAAACAACUGUGCAUGAAAUAACAUGGACUGUAUUAUUUUUACAAUUAAUAUACCUUCAGACUUACCUUUUCAUCCUUGGUUUCACUUUGAUUUUUAAUUGUUCAGUUCUUCAAACAAAUUAUUUUCUUUUUUUCAAUAGGUUCACAAAUAGCUUUAGGAAUUGGAAUAGUUGGUUACUGUGCUUUCUAUUCUGAAAAGUCUGGUUUGAGCUGUAGUCAUCAUCAAGAAAAGAAGGAGAGUUGAUAAGUUGUACUGAAAGUGAGUCUUCUGGAAAACAGAGCAUAAAUUAGGUAAUGAUAUUUUUCAUAGGCUAGGUGGCUUAAAUGUUAUUUAAGCUUUAUAUUAAAUAAUAUCUUUCCAGUUAUAAGUACUGUCAGCAUGUUGUUCAACAUUCUUUGAAUUACAGGAUCACACUGUAGAAUUCCAGAAGGACUUCUGAAAGGAGCUGAAUUCUUGAUUGUCAGUGCAAAUUUAGAUGUGUCUGUGUUUUCAUUUGUCAUUUUAAAGAUAUGUAGAAUAAUAGAUAUCAUAUUAACUGGUUAAAAGUUUGUGCUGAGGAGUAGAAUUGAUGUGUCUACCUUUCUCUGGUCAGUGGCUGGAAUGGGACUUGUUUGCGGAGGAAGACUGAUUGUCGGUGUGUUUCCUAUUCUACAUUUAAUUAUGUAUGCUGAAAAAUUAUGGUAUUGCAUUUAGAAACUGUAGCUAUAGUGAGAUAUUUAACUUCCUAUAAAUAGCAAAGUGGGAUAAAAUAUAUUUGAAAUAGUGUCUUAAAAUAUAAACUGUGCUUUGAAUCAUCCCAUUGUGCAAUUUUAAUUGCUCCCUCCCCAUUAAUUGUUUAUACUGCAUUGACCUAAUUCUAUUUAAUGUCUUCAAUUAUCUGUAAGAGGGAUCUACAGUAUAUUAGUAGCUGUUACGGAUGAUAUUACACUAUAUGAUACCUGAGUGGGAGAGGUCCAACAGAUGGAUUAAAUGUAGAAAAGAAUUAGAUGCAGCCUAAGAAAUUCAGAGAAAAGGUAAUGCAUUUGAGGAAGCUUGGAUACUUAGUGAGAGACAGAGAAGAUUGAAAUGUAAUAAUGUAGUAAGAAGCCUUGAUAACGUAGGCAACAAAGUUGAUUCUGGCAUCACUAAUGUCAAAAGAAGAGUAUAUAUGCAGAAAAGCUGCAUCAGGCAGCUGGAAAUCAGAAUACUCUUUGUAAUUGCUGAGGUAAUUUCUGGAGUAAGGUCUUAUAUUUUGAGUACCUCAGGGGUGAGGAAUUGAGUCAAGCUCCUGAAAAGUCAGAGAACAGUAACAAAAUCAGUUGAAAUGAGAAAGAAGUUGGAAAGAUUGAGUCGUUAAGUAUGUAUAAUUUUUUCUUAUGUGACAAAUACAUGUAAAGGAAGAGGCUUUAUUAUCACGAAGGUGUAACUAGAACUGAUUAUAUAAAAUUGAAACAAGGUAAAUAUCCAGUGAAUAUCAGGAGAAGGAUCCGACCAAUGAGAUCAGUUAUGUUAUGGAAUGACACAGUAGUGCUUAUCAAUGCAUACAAUUUCUUGGAAGGUUUUAAGUUAGAAGUAACACAAUACUGGAAAAUAGUCUUCCUUGGGCAAGAGUUUGAACUACAGGCUUGAAUAGGCAGUUUCUAUUUUUAGCUUCAAUGAUUUUAUGAUAAUACAGUUUUUUUGAAAAUUGUAGAUACACCUUUUUCUGGUGUAUCAGGUAAUUUGAUGAAAAAGCAAGGAUUUACUACAUCCCUAACUUUCAAAUUCCAUUUUGUGCCUUAAAUUUGUGAUAUUUAUGCAUGUCUUCAUUACAUGUAAAUUAGUUUCCUUUUAAAUGACAGGUGCAUACUGGACUUGAGAUGGAAUAGUUGUAUUUCUUACAAUUUUAAAAGGUGUAAUCUUUGUAUUUUUUAGAACAAAUUUCACGUGAGGUGCUAUAAUUUAACUUAUUCUUUUAUAUGCAGCUAAAAUUAUUAAAAGUUUAAAACAUAAACUACAUUUACAACACUGAAUCACAAAAUAGUUGCAUUACACAUAUUCAGACUAGCAGCUGUAUUUGUCCAAAGUUCUUAGAGUACUGUUCUAUAAACUUGACUUGCUUUUUGAUCCAUGAGGAACAUCAUGGCAGUUUUUAGACAUAUUUCUCAGUUAGCAAGCAGAAUAGGGUGAUGAAAUAUGAGUAACUAAGAUUAGAUUAAGUUCCGUGUCUGUUUUUUACUGUCAAGGCAGCUCACUGAAGAGCACAGCUAUCAAUUCAUUGAAGAUGUGUUGGAUACUUUAAGGAUGUGAUUUUGAAAUCCUUGAUCAGAUGAGUGCAUCCCACAGAUACUAUUCCUGUAAUAAAAGGAAUACUUGUGCUGUAAUACUGGUUUGUUUUUUUUUUUUUAAUUUUGGCUUAAGGAUAUUAUCAUAUGUCAAUCAAGGAGCUGUUUUUAUAUCCUUUUGUACAUGCGACAUGAAAAAAAUACGGCACUGUUUGCUAAAAUCUUGAGUUUGCAGUAAAGCAACAGUGUACAAGGUAACGAUACAACUUUAAACGUGAUUUAAAGCUGCAGAAGAGUCUUGCUAAAUGAUAAAUGAAUAAAAAUCUAAAAAUUACUUAGUGUUGCAUUCAAUGUUUCAUAGACCAGAGAGAUUGCCAUGUAUAUUAGUUUACAUGGCAUGUACUAUAAAAUAAACAAGCAACAUGUUCUUUUCUUCCUCUUCUUUUUUGAUUGAAACCUUCCACUGAAGCCUCAAUGUAUACCUUUGUUUUAAUAUCUUCUCAAAGAUAGUGAGAAUUGCAGAUAAAAUCCUCUUACCAUUGACUUCAGAUGGGUCAGGAUUUUAUCCUAGGUAGCCUACUUAAAUUUCAAUUAACAUUGUGAAACAUUUAAUUAGCUUGUUAAAUGGACAUAAAAACUGAAGUAUGAGUUUCAUAUGGUGCUCUCUUUCCAACUUCUUUUUGACACCUGUCUUUUUUGUAUUCUUCUCUGCGAUAUUCCUAACUUUCUAAAUCAUUAGAAUCUUCCUGUUUAUGAAAGAUUAGGAAUGUAUUCAAACAUCAGCGUCUUUAAUGUUUUGAUGUAGUCUUUAACAAAUUGUUCGUCUAAAGGUGUUUUCUUACUCGUCCUAUAUAGGCUUUCUGGAAUGGAUUGAUACAGAGCAUGGCCUUAUGAAGCUUUUUUAAUGACUAUACAUAUGAAUAGGCAUUUGGAAGGAGAUUCAUAUCCAUCAGGUGACAUUUCCUACUAUUGGUAGUAACAGAAACACACCAUCCCUUUUAUAAACUCCAGCUGAAAGCAGUUGGAUUUUUUGAGGUUCCCCCCAACACUCACACACUGUUCCCACUGGGAAAGGCUAUUCUGGGAUAGACUGGGUGAAUCCCCUUGUUCCACAGCUCUUCCAGAAUGUCUAGAGGCCAGAUCCUGGGCUCAGGGCAUGAGCAGUACGAAGGAAUAUGACGCAGAGAAAUUGCAUCUUCCACAUUAGCUACCAAGAGGGUCACUGAGGCCAUUGUGAGCAGUAGUUGGUAGACGUUGUUUCUCUCACCUCUCACUACGCAAGAUGUGAGAAGAGAGGAAACUCGACAUGCUCUCAUACCUUCUGCAUAGGGAGCUUAUGAGAUCAGCUGGGAGGAUCUCUGUGCACAAAGGGUGUGUUACAGAAAGGGCUUUUCUGCUCCACUCAGCUAUCUUAGUUCUAUCUAUAAGCCUAUAUUUCUUGAAAUACUGGUAUGCCAAGAUAGCUGUGCCACGCUGCUCUCAAUAGAAUCAUAUAAUCAUUUAGGUUGGAAAAGACCUUUAAGAUCAUCAAGUCCAACCUUUAACCUAGCACUGCCAAGUCCACCACUAAAUGGUUCUACCGCUAGUAUAGUUCAAAAUUAACAGCCUUGGAGAAAUGGUGCAGUGUGCUGCUUCUAAUUCCCAUUGAACAUAACACGAAGCUGAUCGGAGGGCUGGAGCACCUCUCCUAUGAGGACAGGCUGAGAGAGUUGGGGUUGUUCAGCCUGGAGAAAAGGCGGCUCCGGGGAGAUCUAAUUGCGGCUUACCAGUACCUGAAGGGGGCCUACAGGAAAGCUGGUGAGGGACUGUUUAUGAGGGAGUGUAGUGACAGGACAAGGGGUAAUGGGUUUAAGCUGAAGGAGGGUCGAUUUAGAUUAGAUGUUAGAAAGAAAUUCUUUACUGUUAGAGUGGUGAGGCACUGGAACAGGUUGCCAAGAGAGGUUGUGGAUGCCCCCUCCCUGGAAGUGUUUUAAGACGAGGUCGGAUGAGGCUUUGGGCAACGUGGUCUAGUGAAGGGUGUCCCUGCCCACAGCAGGGGGAUUGAAACUAGGUGGUCUUUGAGGUCCCUUCCAACCCUAACCGUUCUAUGAUUCUAUGAUUUAGCCAGGUUCUUGUUAAUGGACAGAUUGCAAUGAUUAGUUAACAGGGUGGUGCAUGAAGAGCUUUUCUGUGACCAGAGAGAACCUACCUUUUUUUAUCCAGAAAGAAAUACGUGCAUUUUAAAUCUAGGUCUAGUUACUGCUCUGGCUGUGGUACUUGCGGUCUUCACAGUAGCUUACUUUAGUGGAUAUUUGGAUAUUUAUAUGAUUACUAAAUAAACAAGUAUGAAAACAAAUUACAGCCAUUACAAUAAAUUAUAAUUUAAGGUAGUUGCUACAUCAACAGUUUUUGUGAACUCAGCUCUUGCUAAUCUGCCUUAGAAAAAAAAAAGGAAGUUAAUACAAAUAAAUGUUCUGCAGUAGCCAGGAGGGCUUUAUAAAUCAAAAUUUUCAGGCAGGCAAACUGGCUGCAGUUGUUUAUAAAGGAUUGGUUAAAUGUGUUUUUGAACAAAAAGGUUGAAAGCUUUUCUGAAAAUUAAAUUUUAUUUCAUAAUGUGUAUUUUAAGAUAUGCUUGGAGAUACUGUAUUAUUUAUUACCAGUUUACAAUUUAAAUUCAUGCUGAACAUACACUUUUUAUAGAUGAUUAACUGUAGCCCAUUUAAACGUUUUAUUCUGUUUGUUACAAUGACUGUUUAAGAAACAAGCACCUCAUUUCUGUAAAGCUCUGUGUUCUUUUGCUCGAUUGAGUUGCAGUAUUGUUAGUGCCUACUAAGCUUUAUGAGGCUGUUAAAGUGGCAGGUUAGUAUUUGCCAAGGAUAGCUCCUUAAACUUGCUGUCAUGAUGGCACACCUUACUAGUGGGUAGUACUCUUGGUUCAGUGUCUGGUACUCUACACCACUACGCCGUUCUAGGGGUCUUGAGUGCUGUCAGUAAGACUGAAGGCUUUACAGGUGUCAGUAAGUGAUUCAUCCUUAUGAAUUACCAGAUCAAGAAGACCUGUCUUGUGAACUCUUGGGUCGCAAAAGUGAGUAAGUCUCACAAGUGAACUUAAGGCUGUACCAAGACAAACUGUGGAGAACCUGGAUGUUGGGUAACUCUAGCCCUCUCAUAGGAACUUGCUGUCAAGUUCAGGCCUGCAACUGGUAGUGGCUUUCGAGUUCUAAAGUGUACAAUACUUUCUGUGUCAUAUUGUAUCAACUGAAACAUGUUGUCUUUUUAUUCACAGCUCUCUUGCUUCUCUGUUCAGUCUUGAAUGUAUUUUAUGUCCUUUCAGUUGAUGGCUUUGUAAAAGUGUAAGUACAGAAAUACUUACCUAAGCGUAUCAUGUAUAGAAUUGUACUUAAAGAUUCUUAAUAAUGUAAAUGCACUGCAGCUGCUCAUUAUUGUUAUUUUUUCUGAAAUACAUUAUCACUAGCAGUUUACACAGACAGGAAAGCAACACAAUAUGAUACUUUUAAUAACUUAUUUAUUUGCAAAGAUUAUAAGAUUUGUUGAGCUAUAGACUCAGAUAUUUGUUUUAGAGAUUGUUAAUACUGUAGCACUGUAGAAAUUCAUCAAUUAAAAGACAUGUUCUAAACUA